UCGAAUGGCACAAUAACUAUUGUAAAAUUGGAUGAGAGCAGAUUUUUACAGCAUAAAACCUUACCAUUAAAACAGCAGACUAUUUUUUACAAAUACAGUAUGUCUCCGAUUUAGAUGUUCUUAAAAUAAUUUUCCGAACUAAAUAAUGAAUUAAGAUUAGUUGAUAAUAUUUGUGUGACUUUUUUGACAACGACAACGAGUGACUAUUUUUACCGUCGUAAAUGUGAAUGAAAAUAAUUUGGCAAUAUUUUUUGUUCGCAUUGUUGCCUGCACUGCGUCAACACCCUUUAGAGUUGCUGUUCAAGCGACUAGUCCAUCUGGUGUAGUCAACGGGACGGUCGGUCGUUGUUUUUGGCAUGGCGUCACCGUACGAGGUGCCCCGUGAGUCAAGAGGGCCCGCGUUGGCCGCUGCCGGCGUAAGGCCGCGCGUGGACCCCGAGGCCCUUGGUGAAGUGGAUCCAGAACAAUAUCCAGAGGCAAAAGAGUCAACAAACAAAAUCCGAGGAAAAUCAGACCUCAUCGAGUUGAUAUUCGGUGAGGUUGACCAGGAACUGCUCACUGUCAAGACGUUCUACUUUUUUUUUUACUCAGCGUUCGGCUCACUUUUUCCUCUUAUGGGUGUCUACUUUAAACAAAUGGGCAUGAACCCCAGCCAGUGUGGUAUUCUAAUCGGGUCUAGACCGUUUGUUGAGUUUCUGGCAGCGCCAUUUUGGGGAGGCUUGGCUGAUAGAUGGCGCAAAGGAAAAUUAUUGUUAUUGGCGUCUUUAUCAUGUUGGAUUAUAUUUACACUGCCAUUAAAUUUUACGGAUCCACCACCUACAAAGUGUUUAGUAAAAGUUAACCAAACAACGUAUAUGCUUGAGACACCAAAUUCACAAAAAAUUUACAAAAGAGAUUUAUCUGCAGUGAGUUUAUUCUUAAAUGAAUCUUAUUCUAAUGAGUACAACGAUACAGAAAUGGCUGAUCUUUCAUUACCUGUGAUUCAUCGCACCCGUAGAGGUAUUCGGCCAAGAAAUGCGGCAGGAAAAUCUCCAAUUAGUGUAUCGUUUGCUUCAAAUUAUAACCCUAAAGAACACUAUAAUUUAGUUUACCCAUCGCACAGUCAUAAUGUUUAUCAAAUUGAAGAUAUAGAAAAAUCAGUCUUCUUAAUUCUGCUAUUGGUCAUGAUUGGAGAGUUCUUCAGUGCUCCUGCAAUAACGUUAGCUGAUUCAGCUGUUAUUACUUUAUUAGGUGCAGAUGCUGAUAAGUAUGGUCAUCAGAGGAUGUUUGGAUCUUUGGGUUGGGGAUUGUCUAUGUUUUUUGUUGGAAUAGCGUUAGAUCACUCAACUGCUUUCCCGAACCACCCUUGUGGAGGACCACAAGACAAAGAAAAAAAUUAUACAAUAUGCUUUGCCACGUUCUCGGUAUUAAUGGGUGCAGCCUUGAUCACGGCAACACAAAUGAAUUUCCGCCACGAAGAAUCAGAAGAAGAACAACAAACUGUAAUGAUGACUGAAAAAUCGACUUUACAACCAACUAAAGACGACUAUAUGCAACAAGAAUUGGCGCAACAACUGAAUUUACCUUCAUUGGCUCCAAGUGCCGCAGGAUUACCUCCUAGACAACAAGAGAUCCCUGCAAUUGAAGAACCUACCUUAAAAAGGAUGGAUCAAAUCAAAACUAAGAUCUUCGCCCAAACUACAAAAAAAAUUCCCGAAUGGGUAACUGUAUUGAAGUAUUUUGCCAACUUGAAAUGUGGUUCAUUUUUGUUUGUUUCGUGGUUUAUGGGAUUCGGCAUUGGUUUAAUAUUUACAUUUUUGUUUUGGCAUUUACAAGACUAUGGUGGAUCACCUACUUUAUUUGGCGUCGCAUCAGUCAUCAAUCACAUCUCAGAAAUAUUUGCUUACUUCUUUAGCUUCAAGUUAAUACGUCAAAUGGGUCACGUUAAGGUAUUAUGUUUAGGGCUUGCAGGCAAUAUACUUCGUUUUUUGUAUAUUUCAUGGCUCAAAAACCCUUGGUGGGUAUUGCCAUUUGAAUUUAUGCAAGGUAUUACUCACGCAGCAGUUUGGGCUGCUUGUUGUUCUUAUAUAGCGCACAACACACCACAACAAUUAAGAAGCUCAGCACAAGGAGUACUACAAGGUAUUCAUCAUGGUCUAGGCAGAGGAUGUGGUGCUGUAAUAGGUGGAAUGUUUGUGUCACAGUUUGGUACUACAACAACUUUUAGAGGCUAUGGUUUUGUAUGUGCAUUGGUAUUGGCAGCAUUUGUUUUUAUAAAUUUCUAUAGAAAAGAUACUGGAUUUGUGUCGGAACUACCCGUUGCUGAAGAUCCACACCAAGUGGCUGAAGAAACAGCUCAUUUAGCACCACAUGGUGUUCCGAGUAACCCAAUACCAAGAGGGUUAUCUAGUAGUAAGCUACAAGAUCUUGCAUCAGAAAAUCACGGAUAUGGCGCUACACAUACAUCGACAGGUGGAAAUUUAAACAUACCACAAGGACCCAACAAUCCGUUCCGGCAACAUAAUGCUUACCAACAGCCUAAUUCAAAUUUUGGUAAAGUCUACACAGACGAAUGCAUUUCAAAGCAAUACGCAAUGUGCAAUGACAUUCAAAAACAUUCAAUAGCCUCUGAAAUGAUAAGUCCCGAACCAAAGAAAAGAAACUCGCCUUUGUAUCAAUGGUAGUCAAGUCCUCUUUCUCUAUUUGCCUUUUGACGAUUUGUUGAAGAUUACCUAUGUAAUUUUUAUUUAUUAAUACUUCUAAAGCGGCGAACAGUACGACGUUGUUAAUUGUUUUUAGAAUAUUCUUUAUUAUACAGUAAACUAUUACUAUUAAUGACUUAGCAAUAUCAUUGGAAUAUACACGAACAUUUCUAGUUUAUCGGAAAAGUUGCAUACGAUAGUUAUUAAUCAGUUGUUAUUAUUUUUUAAAACUAUUUUUGUUUACUAUAAUAUACAAUGUAAACACAACGCAAACUAUACAAUAAAUUAAAAUGUAUAUAAUAUGCUUAUAUUCAAAAUAAUAAGCAUCUAGUCAUAUUGAUUCACUUUAUUACAAACUACAUAAUAAAACGGAACCAUAAUGAAGACAUAUUUGUAUGCUUUCGUGAUACGUUUUAAUUUACUUUGCAUUCUUUUUAAAUAGGUCUUAUUGUUAUUUUGUGCACGAAUUUAAUUAAAUCAUAUCAUAAUAUAAAAUAUGCACGUUUUAUUUCGAGUAUGAUAUAAAAGAAUAUUGUUAUAACAUGGGCUUAAUAUUAUACAAUAAGAAAAUAUAUUAUUGCUAUGCAUUGUAAUGUAUUGCUUACGACCAAUGUGUACGAUUGACGACUAAAUUAAUUUAAAAAAUGACUGCGAAUAAACACUCAUUACAUUGAAAAUUACCAUUACGCAUUGGUAACUUCUAAAAUCUGUUAAAUUUUUACUUUUUUAAUUUAAUAAAAGGCGGUUUAAUGUUUCCAUCAAUUUCCCAUUAGUGAUUACUAAAUUUUAAAUUAAAAUCAUCAAACUGAUUAAAUGUAAGUUAAUGUACUUAAAUAUUAUUUGUUUACUUUAUGUUUUUAAAUGAAAAUUUUCCAAAUCUAACUUUUAUUUGUAAAAAAAUUCAACUAAAACUAAUUCUUUCAUUAAAUAUCAUAAGAUUUUAACGUCUAAAUACAAUUAGGAUAUAUUACAAAUACUAUUACUUAUUGUUUAAUAAUAAUUAUUAUUAUUAUAUAAUAUUGUUCUGUUAUAAAUUUAGCUAAGUUAUUUUAAAUUAAUGUUGAUGUUUGAGCUGUAAAUAAAAUUAUAAAACUCGAAGGCCUGAGUUUAUAAAAUCUCUAUUAUUAUAAAAUACAGAAAUUGUACAAAACGACUUAAGCAGUUCCACGAGUCAGCUAUUAAAUUGUACUUAAUAAUAUAUUGUACUUAAAGUAUUUGUAAAACAAACUAUUUAAUAAAGUAAAAUAUUAUAAUA